AUGUCCCGAAUCGCCGUCCGACGCCGCCCAGAGAUUGUAUCGAUGGUGAUGGGCAAGCAACUACCACCACUAUACGAAAGCAUUUUCGAGAACGAACGCAAUCUCUCUCAUUAUGCCGACUAUGAGUCUCGAACGGACAUCAAGUAUCUCUGGGCAGCGAACCACCCCUGGCACGUCGGCUGGGGCAACACGAUGCAAGACUAUGUGAUGAUGGCGCUACUUGCCCAUAUGACAAACCGCUCAUUCGUCUUCAAUGACUACGUCUGGGAUAAUUCCUCUCGCUCAUAUUCCAGCUUUGACUUUACCGGCACGGUCAUCCCAUCUCUCAUUCCGCUUAGUGCGAUUCUAGACGGUCCUAUGGUUGGCGGCGAGCAACUUCCGAAUAACACGAACCCUCGCGCAGUUUCCCACGAGUUUUUCGAACGCGUUUGUCCCCAGCCCACGACGCUGCGCUGGGAGGACGUGUCGGACUACAGGAUUAAGACAGACACUAACGUCCCCGCUUCCUAUAUCUUCGACGUGUGGACCUCAGUCAUAAACUCAAUAGAUGACCCAUGUGUUAUGAUUGCGGAUGAUACCAGGCGGGUCAUCAAUCUGAGUAUGUACGGGCAGAAGGACCGCAUAUUGCCCCUCUGGCCUGCCCUCGCCGCGUCGCCUGUACUUGACACAUGGGCAUGGUCGCCCCUCGCCACAGCGGCGGUCGCGAGAAAUUCUCACUUCUUCGCUGAAUCAACCACGUUGCUAGCAGCCGCAGCCGCAGCCGCAGCCGCAGCAGGUACACCUGAUCACGGAAUCAUCAGCUUGGCCUCCUCGAUAGCAUCAUCAUCAGCCAUCUCCUCCGCAGCCUCGAGUUCCACGACUACUCGCAUUCCGGGCCUUCUCGUCAUUCACGCCAGACGCGGUGACUUCGUCAAGCACUGCCGCUACCUUUUCACAGAGCGCAUCCAGUGGCAGGCCUUCAACUCAUUCCCAUCUCUCCCUGAUCACGUAGAGCUGCCGCUGAAAGGUAGCUCGGAGCCCAUCGAUGAGGAGGCACUGAUGCCUCAUUGCUUCCCCGGCAUUGACCACAUCGUCGAGACCGUGCGCAGGGUGCGGGACGAGCAUAGUUUGCCGCUCACGCGGGUGUACAUCGCAACGAACGGAAAGCGCGAGUGGGUAAGCGAGUUGGAGGGCGCGUUGUGGGAGCUGAGAGGCUGGGAUGGCGUAGCAAGCAGCCGUGACCUCGAUCUCACUUGGGAGGAGAAAUUUGUCUCGCAGGCAAUCGACAUGCAGGUCGCGGAGCGGGCUGAGGUAUUUCUGGGUAAUGGGUGGUCUAGUAUGACGUCGAACGUGGUCAUGUUACGGAUGGGACACGCCUUGCCACCUGAAAGUAAUAGGUUCUUCUAG